AUCAGUCAAUGUUUCAGAAUAUGAACAGAUGAAACUGUCUUUAUUCAUAAAUUAUGCCCCAAGAUUGGAUAUUUUCAACUUUUUAAAGUUGAGCAUGUUGACGAGGGCUUGGAGCAUGUGGUAAGAUGAGCAUCUGCCACUCACAUCCAUCACUGUUCCGAGAUGUUGCAGCAAUCAAUAACUUUAAAGCUUUCAUUAUUAUAACUACUUCUGUUGGGGGUUAAGUUACAAUGUGAUAAUCCCCAUCGCUUGUCAGUAAUGACGACUCUCGAGGACCUAUGCAUUGUAAUCAGUUUUAGAAAGGAUGUUCAAAUAGAAGGCCAGUUUGGAAAAAAACCCUCCAAAGGUUUAUUUGUAGUUUGACUUGCGGGAAUGAUUUUGUGCAGGGUUGUGCAGGCUUGUUGAGUUGGCUAAAUGUAUUGACCAGUUCGUUGCAUGACAAACACUGUGUGCAGUUGAGAGGUAUUUCUGGUAGCAGUCGUGAUACAAAUCUAGCCGAAACAGUUGGAUUCAGCAAAGUUCUUGCAGGACAGGUGGAUAAGGUUUGGAGAGUGUUUUCAAGCUGGUUGUUGUUUUGGUAGUAGCACUGACAUGAGUUGAGAAUUGGUCCGGCAUCAUGGAUGGCGGGUCACCGUUCCGGCGCCUCAGCUUCCUGUCUGGAGACGUGAGACCCAAAACUACAGCUGGUUGCCCAGCAAGUGACCUGAAUCUGGAUGCCUGCCUGGAAGAUGUCGGAAUCUCUCUCAAGCUCUUCCUCAACAACAAGUUCACAGAGGCAAAGGAGAGGAUGCAGCCUCAUGCUGAGACCAGCAUGUACCAUGCCCUGGGCUAUGGCACAAUCAUGUACAUACAGGCAGUCAUGACAUUUGACAUGGGAGACAUCGAGGCAGCUAUUCAGGCAAUCAAGAGGUCUGUGAUUGUUUGUAGUAAACAUCGAAAGAGGACUUCCAUGAUUGGGUCCAUCACAAAGGCAGCUAACAAAACAGACUAUAACAGCUUUACAGAAGAUGAGAUGCAUGCAGAGUUGUGCUAUGCAGAAUGUCUGCUGAUCCGAGCCCUACUGACGUUCAUACAGGACGAAAACCUUAUCAGUUUUGUCAAGGGAGGACUGAAGAUAAGGGAGUGCUACAAGAUAUACAAGGAGUGUAACAAGAUGCUGGUCAAGAGGAAGUGGGAUGGAGGGGAGCACAAGAUACACUUCGAGAGUGGGGUCAAGAUGGGGGUGGGGGCAUUCAAUCUGAUGAUAUCUUUGUUGCCUAGCAAGAUCAUGAAACUCUUGGAGUUUGUUGGGUUUUCAGGAAAUAAGAAACUAGGCCUGGCUGAGCUCCACAAAGGCAGUGAAGUGACGACCAGUUUACGAGGACCUCUAUGUUCCAUCAUGUUGAUAGCAUACCAUACUGUAGUAACAUUUGUUCUAGGUUUAGCUGAUGGUGAUAUAGACUAUGCAUCUGAGUUACUCAAACCUUGUCUUAGAAACUUUCCCAAGGGAGCUCUAUUUCUGUUUUUUGCUGGGCGAGUGGAAGAAGUUCGAGGAAAUAUAGAUGAAGCUGUGUACAAGUUUGAGGAGUCCAUAGACUCCCAGUCCGAGUGGAGGCAGUUUCAUCACCUGUGUUUCUGGGAGCUCAUGUGGUGUCAUUGCUUCAAGGGUGACUGGCUGAUUGCCAUGAAGUAUGCAGAGCGCUUGUGUCGUGAGAGUCGAUGGAGCAAGGCAACCUACACAUAUCAGAAGGCCUCCUUCCUCAUGAUGUGUGACGACCAGACCGAGGAAACACACGCACACAUCUCAUUCCUCUUCAGUGAAGUCCCUCGUCUCAAGCAGAGAAUAGCUGGUAAAUCUCUUCCUUUUGAGAAGUUUGCUGUUGCUAAAGCGAACCGAUUUGUUGAACAAGAUGGACGACUCACAUUACCUGCACUGGAAUUGAUUUACGUGUGGAAUGGAUUUAACAUCAUCGGUAAGAAGAUGGAGCUGCUUGAACCCAUGCUGAUGAAAAUAGAGGAAGUCAUUAACGAAAUUCUUCAAAAUAAGGGAAAGUACCAUCAUUUCCAUGACGACUACUCCCUGGCGCUGCUCCUGAAGGGGGUGUGUCUGCGACAUCGAGGUCAGGCAUUCCAGGCUGAACAGUGCUUCAAGGAAAUCCUCUCGUAUGAAUCUAACAUCAAGAUAGACACCUACCUUGUACCCUAUGCUUUUGUGGAGGUGGCCAUCUUGUAUCUACAGGAAGACCGACUUGAUGAAGUCAAGAAAAUGCUGGAAAAAGCCAAAAAGAACUACAAAGGGUACUACCUUGAGUCACGGUUGCACUUCCGCAUCCAUGCAAUCCGUCUGCAGCUGGAGAGUGCAAACAGCAGUGAUGCUGAGGCAUCAUCUGCACCACAGUCUCCUGCACCGCAGUCACCGUCGAUGGGAUCAAUGACAAAUUCCUUCGACUAUGGUCCAGAUGAUGUACCAGACAGGUUCUCUACUGACUUGUGAUCUGAAGUGUUUAGAGAAAGACUACAUCUCCCACUACAAACACUGCUGUCUGAGAGGCGUGUGUCAGUUAGCAGACAUGGGUUUCUCCAACAGGCUUUAAUCAUAGGGACCACGAUGACUUCAUUCAGCAAGAAACUCAACAUGUCUCUUGUUUUAUAUGUCAGGAACAGAUUUUGUUCUAAUAAGUUAUCAAAAGUCCUUCUAUGUAUGUAAAGAGACUAUGAAUUGUGUCAUCAUUUGCAUCUUUCACCCAUCCUCAACAUCAUAAUGGCGGUCCACAAGCACCUCUGAUAGGGAACAUGGGGUAUUGGACAUCCUCCCUAGGCCCUAUGCUACAAAGUGAUCUUAGCACUGGCGAUACUAACUCCCAUACUGUAUCAUAGAUUGUCGUAGUGCCAAGGUCACUUUGUGGAACAGAGCUGGGAAACAAUACCAUCACUGUUGGUGGUGAAAAUGCCACUGGACUUAUGUUAUGUUAUGGCCACAACCCAUUGAAGGAAGGAGGAACCAGGGAACCUUCACCUGUCAUCCAAGAGCAUGAGGAUGACAUCCAUCCCUCAAACAUGAUCUUGACAUGUGUAAUUUCAACUACAUCAUCCUCAUCAGUCAGGAUUGGGAAUGUCUCCUUCAUGUCUAAUUAGAUCACUUCUGGGAAAGAUGUUUUCCAGGUAGGGCAUGGUUCAUUAGUUCAAACCUGUCUUUUAUCUCUAGUCCAAGCUGAUAUCUUCAGCUAUCAGUGAUAUUAUCGGGAUGUUUAAUUAUUCAAGACUAAAUUAUCAUUAUUGUAUAAAAAUUAUGCUCAGAACUGUCAAAUUCAUACUAGAGCUGGGACGGGUACCUCGGGUAUUGGGUUUGGUGGGUACUGAGUAGCACCUGGAUACCCACAGGACUAUCUGGACAUGUUGUCAGUCACAUGAUAUGUUGCUUUAUGACAAAAAUGAUCUAGAACUCUAUGGCUACACUACAAGUCACUAAUUGUUUGAAGGCGGACUGAUUAUUGCCAUUUCAGGUUGGGUUUUUGAGGAUAGUGUGUUAGUGAAUUUGAUUUUACGCUGCCUUUUAGCAGUAUUACAGCAAUAUCACGGCGGGGGACACCAGAAAUGGGCUUCACGCAUUGUACCCAUGUCAGGAAUCGAACCCUGGUCUUCAGGACGAGCAAAUGCUUUAACCACUAGGCUACCCGACCCCCCUUUUUUUGAAGAUAGCAUUUGUAUACCCAGAACACAUGUCAUUACACUUGGCUUGUGAUCAACCCAAUGUCCACCUGAUGCAAAUGUAUUGAGACAAUGAUGCUCUGUGAUUAGUCCACUUAUAGGAAUGUAGUAUGUAUGUAGUGAUUUUCCUACAAGAUCAAGAUGCAAGAUUUCUCAGGUUUGUUGUAAGUGUUAGUGGUAGAUGAUAGACCAUUUCAUCAGGCUGAUGACCGGCCGUAGGGCCUCGUUUCAUCCCAUGUCAUUCCGACCAUCAGCCUUGCAUUACCUUGUAGAUUGACAGAUUAGUUAUGGUUAUAUAGUUUCUAUAUACCGGUAUAUAUGCGCUUCUCAAAGAAGAUAAGGAUCACCCACUUUUUUUCAUAUUCCUAUAUUUAAUCUGUCAUGACAUGACUUCUUUUGAGUAGUGUGUGAAUAUAGAUAUAUAUAUAUAAGUCAGACCUUUUUAAUUUCUUGUUUACAAAUAGUCGAAGAAAACAUUUGAAUAAAUUUUGUAAAAAGAAAGUUGUUUAAAAAAAAAAUCAAAUUCAGUGAAGAAAAACCUAUUUUUACUUAACCGUAAAACAGAUAAAAUUGGCCUGGCCCAAUAAACAAAAGAAAAUAUAACCAUAUUUUUGUCUGUCAAAUAUGACAAAUCAUACUUGUGAAUGUACACAUGUAUGUGAGUUCUUGUUAUCAAAAGCUGUUGAAAGAUUCUGUCAGUAAAUGAAACCAUGUGGAAUCUUAUAAAUGAAAGCGCAUAAAAUACACAGGUGAAAGUGAAAAAAUGAUUGCAGAUUUUUAGAUUUUACAACUGUUCUAAAAUGAAAAGUUAUGUAUUAAUUUCCAUAAACCGAUUAGACUGUCUUAUAUUAUUGUGGUAACUUCUUGAACAGGAUUCAGUGAUUGAAUAAUAUGUAGUUACGAAAGAUAUGUUUGCCGAAUUUGGAUACUUUGCUUAAAUGUUUUAUCCUAGUGUAAAGUCAGAUUUUAAGAAAUAAAUAUAUAUGUUACAGGAAACAAGUAUAAUCAGUGAUUAAGUCUAAUAACUGGAAAUUUCAGUGAUUAUGUCUAAUAAC